GCUCUCUCUUCUGCACUCUGUUCACUCACUCACACCGAGCAAGACCAGGAGCCGAGCUCUCCUCACCUCAUAUACUCUACAAUACGCACUACAAGCCUGCACCAUGUUCAAGUGUGGCAUCGCCUAUCCCAGGUGUAAAUGGAUCCUGCCCCUUCUCCUGCUCUGCGCCAUCAUCUUCGAUAUCAUCGCCUUGGCUGGCAAGGGCUGGGUGGAGACUGAGUCCGGCAGAGAAUAUGCCUCCCUCUGGGAAAGCUGCAGGACCACCACCAACACAUGUACUUCUAUUAUGGACUAUGCCUGGGGUAAAGCAACAGCUGCACUUCUGAUUAUUGGAUUCAUCAUCCUUAUCGUGUGCUUCAUUAUCUCCUUUGUUGCUCUGUGUUCACCAGUUCUUUCCCUGUUGAGAAUCAUUGGAUUUCUUCUCUUCCUGGCCGUUGUUUUGCAGAUUAUUGCACUGGUCAUCUACCCUGUCAAAUACACCUCAGACUUGGCAGUGCAGAUUGAAAACUACCUGUACAGCUGGACCUAUGGCUUUGGUUGGGGCAGCACAAUCAUCAUGUUCGGCUGUGGAAUCUUCUUCUGCUGCCUCCCCAACUUUGAGGAUGAACUUCUGGGCAACGUCAAGACCAAAUACUUCUACACAUCAUCCUAAAUUUAAGGACUGAGACUGUUUGGUUUUUCCCUUUGCCAUAUUACAAUAGACUGUUCUAUGAUGCGUUUCUCCAGUUUAUCAAGCACAUUUUAUUUGAUUAGGUUAUACUUGUAGU